GCUCCCCGGGAUACUCCAAGCUAAUUAGCUCAGAUCAACCCCCCCCCCCACCCCGCCCCAGCCACCAACACACACCGCCGCGAGCCAAUAAAGCGUGAACCCGUCCGUCCGGCUCGCACUUUAAGACUUCCCGAGCGGCCGCGGGGGACGCCAGUCGAUCCGGGAGACGCUUACCUGCCGCUGUCCCCGCCGCCCGGUGCACCUGGCCGCGAGGGCCUCCGUUCGAGGGAGGGCGGCGACGGCCCCGCGGAGUUGGAAACCGGCGCGCGCCGUCCCGGGCACGGUCUCCCCGAGGAACGCCGGGGCACUUGGGCCACUCCUUCCCUGAAUUGCCCCCUCCCCUCCCCCGCCUCCGGCUCGGCCCGGGAAAGGUGGGACGGCUCCCGGCUCUGCUUACGGAAGCGGACGGUGCCGGGCGAGCAGGGUUCGAAAAUGCCCCGCGCGUUUCUGGUGAAGAAGCCGUGCGUCUCCACGUGCAAGAGGAACUGGAGCGAGCUCCCCGACGAGGAGCGCGGCGAGAUCUACGUGCCAGUCAGUCUGGGCUUCUGCCCACCACAGCCCUACCGGGAGCCAGAGCCGUCAGUGGCUGAACCCCCGUCUUGCCCCCUGGUUUUGGACAUGAGCCUUCGGGACUCCAGCUAUAGUGUGGCCCCUGGGCCCUGCGUGGUAGCCCAGCUGCCCUCUGAUGACAUGAGUCGUUUGGCAGACCCCCAGAGCAGAGACCACGGCUUCCUGCGCACCAAAAUGAAGGUGACCCUCGGGGACAGUGCCGGCGGUGACCUCUUCACCUGCCACAUCUGCCAGAAGGCCUUCACCUACCAGCGCAUGCUGAAUCGCCACAUGAAGUGUCACAAUGACGUCAAGAGGCACCUCUGCACCUACUGUGGGAAGGGCUUCAAUGACACAUUCGACCUGAAGAGACACGUCCGCACCCACACUGGCGUGAGGCCCUACAAAUGCAGCCUGUGUGACAAGGCCUUCACGCAGCGCUGCUCCCUGGAGUCUCAUCUCAAGAAGAUCCACGGCGUGCAGCAGAAGUACGCGUACAAGGAGCGGCGGGCCAAGCUGUACGUGUGUGAGGAGUGUGGCUGCACGUCCGAGAGCCAGGAGGGCCACGUCCUGCACCUGAAGGAGCACCACCCCGACAGCCCGCUGCUGCGCAAGACCUCCAAGAAGGUGGCCGUGGCCCUGCAGAGCACCGUCACCUCCCUGCUACAGAGCAACCACCACCUGUGAGCGGUGCCGCCCGGCCUGGGCCCCCCUCCCCGCUGCCGGGCCCGGUCCUCCCGCCGCCACCCCUUGCCGGACACGGCGAUGGGGACCACCGGAGCCCCCCAGCACACGUGCUCACUCAGGCGCCACAUCGAGUGAGCUCUGCUCGCGGCUGCAUCUCUGUCUUCCGGGCAGAGGCCGGGCCGAGCCUGGGCAGACACGUGUGAGUACGGGGCGGCCGUGAGGCCAAGGCUGCCUUCAGGUUGAAGGAGAGCACACCUAGAGACGGGACUUCCCUCCCAGAGGAGGCGCGGAGGAUCCCCUUUCUGCCCUCUGGAGGGCAGCGGCGGGGCCCGCCGGGCGAGGACCGCAGAGUAAAGAGCUCCCUGCACACCGAGGCGGUGGGGGAACUGGCAGCUGCCUGGGGGGGGGGGGGGGGGAUCUAACGCUCAGGGCCGCGGUGGGGGGCUCUGCCCUCCCCACACGGAGCCGCAAACCCGCGUGUGCACACAGGAGGCCUUUCCACAUAUCACCUCAUUUUUAGGAAAUCGACUACAAGGUGCCAAGGAAGUUUUAUUUCCUUUUUUUAAAGAUGACAAAUGUACAGAUAUUAAUAUAUUUUUGGUGCCGAUGGCGGCUGUUUUUAAGAGAGGAUGGAGCUGGCUUUUCUCCCUCCCCAUGCGGUUCUAUUUAUCCUGGACAUUUCACACCUCCUCUGUACCUUGGUUCUCCUGAGACGUUUAACCUGAGACUUUCCUCCGGCCCUGCCUGGGGAACGCGCUGCGCUCUGUUCUUCCCCUUGGGCUGGGGUAGCGCAUCACACUGGCUCUUCCCUUCCCCCGUGACCCUGCCUCCCUCCCACAUCCUUUCAAGGCAAGCCUGGGGGUUCCUGAGAGCCUGCUUGCCUCCUGAUAACAGACCUCCUUUUGUGGAACAAGAGUCACCAUGGCGAAGGCCGAGUUAGCCCAGCUGCGGCUCGAGGAGGAAGCCCGGCGGAAGCGAGGAGCCUUUGAUGCGCCGGGUCCACUGUCUGAGACACUGAGAAGACUAUGGGGCCAGGCUGCAAGGCCUGGCUUUUUCCUGGUUGAGUGAAAAACCCUAGGACGGCAGCAAAAAGAAAAAAGGGGGGGGGGGGG